UGCGGUGAUGGAGGCAGAAGACGAUUCAAAGUCUCGCCAGCUACGCUAGUAGGGAGGUGAAUCGAGAGCGAGAGCGAGCGCGGGCUCGAGCUCGAGCUCGAGCGUACUUCACGUAUGACAAAGGAGAGGGGAAGAAAGGAACUGGGACACGCAAAGCCUGUCAAUCUCUACACAGAGUGUGUCUCGAUCCCUCGCCGGUGGUGACGGAGGAAGAGUAUGACCCGCGAGACGAGCUAGGCUGGAGGAAGAUUAUGACCCGCGAGACGAGCUAGGCUGGAGGGGGGUGGGGGAGAAGGGAAAGACCAUCCAUGUACAUAAUUAACGGACGAGUGGUGGUGUUACGACUCUCCCAUUGUAGUUGCUCUUUUCUCUGAGAGAAGUUGGGAGAAGUGGAGGAGCGGAGAGAGACAGAGACGACAGGAGCGUUGAAGAAACAGAACCUAUGGUAAUAUCGCUAGACCCUGACUGAUGUAAGCAUCUGCCGGAUGGGAGAGUCGACACGUGGCCUUCGAGUAAAGGAAGCGCUAUCUCUGUUUGCCCUUCACACACACACACACACACGCACACACACAGAGAGAGAGAGAGAGAGAGAGAGAGAGAGAGAGAGAGAGAGAGAGAGAGAGAGAGAGAGAGAGAGNAGAGAGAGAGAGAGAGAGAGAGAGAGAGAGAGAGAGAGAGAGAGAGAGAGAGAGAGAGAGAGAGAGAGAGAGAGAGAAGAGCCGUUGGGUGAAGCGUGUUGGUCUUGUGAGAGAAAGGUAGGGAAAUAGCGGCGGGGGGGGGAAUAAGAGGAGGAAGAGGGAGGAGGGGAAUGAUGGCAAGUUCCGCGUAUCCCGUGGAGGAGACAGGUAAGAAAUGGACAAGGAGGGAGAAAAAGAGGAGGAGGAGUAGUUUUUCUGCUGGAAUGACGACGGAUCUUGCUCGCGGCCUGACUCUUGUCAGUUUCAUCGCUGUCCUCAUUCUGUCGAACGGCGGCGAUCGUUCAGGCAAGUCCCCGUCUUCCCUCUUUUUCCCGGUGGCAUUUGAAACUGCCGAGGCGGCAGGUCUUCCAAGUCAAUCUGAUAAAGCCGCCGCCUUCUCCUCUCCUUUCUCCUAUUCCUCUUCUUCUUCUCGAUCGGCUCUUCCACACCGAAGGUUCUUAGCCGCGUCUGGAAACUCUGCUCAAGACAAUCUCUUCGCCGCCAUUCUCAAUCCGACUGUCACCAAGUUCAUCGUUAAGACGGACAUUAAUUUCACCGCUUCUCCACCUCCGAUUGUGAAUAAAGAGUUUAGGAUUACUGGCAAUUGCGGCCAGGAACGUUGUAUCUUGGAUUUUGGCGGGUGCAGUGGAUUCCAAGCGCAUAUCGCUGGUCCGUAUCCCGCGAAAAUCACCUUGGUGAAUCUGGAGCUGCGCAACGCAGUGGACAACGCGCUCCCCGAUUCCUCGCAAAGUACCAAUGGGACGGGAACGGGUGCCGCUCUCUACACGAAUAAUGCCGAUGUGUAUGUGCGCAAUUGCAUCUUUCGCCGCAACAAGGCGAGCUUCCGAGGAGGGGCCAUCUUCGGUGAUGGCUCUAGUCUCUUUGUGAGGGAUUCCUUCUUCUGCAGCAAUCACGCGGAAGAAGGGAGUGGAGGGGCCGUGAUGGUAGCGAGAGGAACGACAGGAAGAUUCUCGAACGUGUUUUUUGGCGGGAACACGGCUGGCGGGAAUGGUGGCGCGCUUCACUGGCAGGACAGCAAAGACUUGGUUGUGCUCAAGUCUACGUUCUCCUGUAAUAAGGCGAAGAAGAGCGGAGGAGCUAUCAGUCUCUUCAACGACGAUUUCGUCUUUCCUGUCUCUCUCACCAGCAUUGGAUUCGAAAACAACUGCGCUGUCGAUCACGGAGGUGCGGUGUUCUUGGGAGUAGGGUUUUCUACUGCAGAUUUCUGCCGCAAUAUGUACUUCAACAACACCGCCGCGCUUUCGUCGGCGAAUGGAACGCACCCAUCUUCCAACAGCGUGUUUGUCACUGUCAGUGACCAGCCUUUAUUCUGGGACAUCCCGCAGAGGGUGUCUUUUUGCCCAACGAAGCCUGAAGGGACAUCCUUCAUCGCGACAUCGUCUUUGGUCCCGCAAAUAGUCCCAUCUUCUCCUCUCAAUGGGACAAAGAUCAUUGAGAGCUGUGAAUACUGCUUGUAGACGCUCUCGUAUUGGUGAAAAAAACAUGAAAUGCUCGUCAUUAUGUCUUAUUGCACUGCUGCCGCUAGCGCAAUCUCUUCUUUUCUCCCUCCCUCCUCCCGCUUCUUCUCCUCCCCCCUCCUCCCCCUUCUCCUUCUCCUCUUUCUCCAUUGGGUUCUCCUUGCCGUCGAUUUAUGUGUGUUUGACGGAUUCUAUCUAUGACGAUGCUCUCCUUUCCUCAGGAGCUACAUACAUGGCAGCUCCUCUCUUAUCCUCCCUCCCCCUCCCCCCCCCCCCGCCCCUUUCUCGCAGUUCCUUGGAACGAUAUAUAUAUAUAUAUAUGUUUACUUUUAUUCUUCGUAUGUAAGCUUAGUUCUCAAGUUAGGUCAGAAGAUUGUACGGAUGAGAACUAGGUCAGAUUGUACGGAUGGACGGGUUUUAGACUUUUGUCUUUUUGCGUUUUCUUUGUCCUGUUCGAGUUGUGUUCCUAAUGGAGCGACAAACGUAACUGUGACUAUGAAUUCUUCUUUCUUGGGGGGCCACGAAGGGAGCUGCGCUCUGUUCACAUCUAUGUGCUUGUCGUAGUUGGGCUUUUCCUCUUCCUUCAAUCUGUUGGUCUCUUUCCUCCCGCUACUGGCCAGCCGUGGGAUAAUAAGUAUUUUCUUCUUCUCGCUCUCGACUGCGUCGCUCCCGUUUCCUCUUUUCCACUACCCUUUCCCCUCUUCACCCAUUCCGCUCUUCAUCUGUUCCUUUCUAUACCAGUCCCUCUCCGUCCGUCUCGCUCUCGCCUCUGUUUACCUCCUUCGGUAUCUCUUUGAUUGGUACUUUCUCUUCUUUGUUCCCUGUCAUUCAUCCGCGACUAAUCAAUCAUCACGUCCGACUAAUCAAUCGUCUCGUCCGACUAAUCAAUCAUCCCGGCCGACUAAUCAACCAUUUUGUUGCCUUUCUACCGGUCACGUGAGUUUCCUUUGCGUUUCGUUUUGUUCUUCGUUGUCUGUCGAAUCGUAGCUGUGUUUCUGUGAGUGCUUGCGCAGAUAUGGUGGCAUAUUGACAGACACCAUCAUUGCUCUCGCUCGCCUGGGCUUCUUUCUCGGUAGUGGAACGGCGGAUCCCCUUCUGUUCUAUAAUCAUGUUUUGUGCCGACCAAUGAACCGGUGCGGAUUGCGUCGGAGUAUUCCUUUCAAUUCUCCGAGUGGGUUGGUCCUUUUGCUGCUCGACUUCUCCUCAGCAAGUCUAUCUCUUUCCCCCGUUAUCUUCCUCAUCAAUUGCUCUCUUCGUUCCCUUGUGUCCUCUUCCACUAACCGCGCCUUUUCCCCAUUCUCCUCGCCGAACAUUCUUCUCUUACCACCCCUUCGUCCUCUUCAGCAACUAGUCCUUUGUUUUCCAUCUCCUCCCCGAUGCCUCUUUCUUUCCCCGUUUGUCUCUUCAGACAAGUCUGGUCUUGUCCUUUAUUCUCCUCACCUAGUCUGACACUCUCCUCAUUCUUUGUACGGAAGGCAGUUGGCCCGUGUUUUCACUGUUUCGUCAUCAAGUCUGGUCUCCUCGCCGUUCUCCUCGGCAGCAAGUCUUGUGCUCUCCUUUCCAUUCUCUCGCCCCUCCACAGCUUGUGUCCUUCCGUUGUCUUCCACUUGCGUGCUGCAGCAUGCGGCGAUUUCUUUCUGUGCAGGAAUACCUUCCUCCUUUUCGUUGGUUGGUUCGCUGCCCGACUUUAAUUCCGCUUUUAUUUUAACUUAUAUAUUCCCUCUCCCUCUGUCUCGGGCUGAAGCGGACUUCAGCAAUUCUAUUCAGAACGCAGGGGAGGGGAGAAAGGAGGCGAUUUAUUUCUGUGCUGAAAUAUCCUCGUUUGCGUUGGUUUGCUCUCCGACUUUUCUUCCUCCGUUCACUUAUUCAUUCUCUCUCUGUCCCUCUCUCUCGCGCUGAAGCGGGCUUCGAGCAAUUCUAUGCAGAACGCAGUGAGGGGAGAAAGGAGGCGGUUUCUCUGGACGGACAGAUGCACUGCGUGUUUCUCGUG